CUCAAAAUCAACUGGAGGUUUGCUUAAAAAGAACGAGUGCGAUAUAUUUUCCUCUGUAGAUUAUCAGAGAUCUUGGAGUACAACAAUAUCUCUACAAGAGUUAACCAGCCUACCUGUGUACCGAUAUGAAGUCACCAAUCUUGUUUUUCUCGAUCAAAGUCGUCUUUCUUUUUGCUGUUGCUUUCCAGGUAAGUUAAUUAAAACCUCCCUUUAUUGAUGCGUCGGAGGCUCGCGUAAAAUAGGACUCAGAUUUAUUUUUCCCUUCAACUGGUUACAAAUGAAAACUGGGGUGAAACCUGUCUGGCAUGUAGAGCGUCCGUAAAGGGAGUCCCUGCAAGAAAAAAAAACCCACAAACAAACAAACAACCAAGCCAUCCACUAACCCUCAAUUCCUAGCAUGUUGUUUUAAAUCUCACUGGCUUCAUUUCUCUGUCGUCCUUGUUUCUAGGUGGCUCAUUCUGGCUGUCAGCAGUCAUCAUGUUCGGCGGGCACCUACAAAUCACAGGUCAGUCUAAAACCGCUGGUGAUUUCGGCUGGUUGCAAAUUAAUGGUAAUGAAAUAGUAGUAGAAGGUUGUCCGUCUUGUCACAGGUGUGGAAAAAAAAUUAAAGAAACCUUAGUCCUCAUGAGAAAAAGAACUUAAGACCUUUGAAUUCUAAAUUGUAUAGAUCAUAAGGAAAAAAAACGAUUUUCGAGAGUAAAUUGCUAAGAGAACAAAACGAACAAAAGAAAGCAAAUUGUAUUAGUUUGUUGAACGUUUGUUUGAGAUGAGCUUUCAAAUAUCAUCUGGUUGAAAGAAGUAACAUCUUUUUCUGUGUUAUACCGUUCAACUUUCAUUGAUGAACUGGCCCGUGUAAAUUGCCUAUUUUAGCCGUUGGAAUGUGAUUCAGUGGCCGCUCAAGAGAGGUUAGAAUAAUGGAGAAAAUUUAGACAAAAGAAAUUAGCCUUUGUAGAAGGAUGACCGUUUGUGGAGAGUUUCCACUGACAGUAAUUAUGAGCAGCCUUUCCGUUUCUGUUAGCAAUUACCUUGAACACUGCUUUUAUAGGGAAGAGUUGUUUAUCAUCAGACCAUGACUCCAUCCUGGCUGGUGAUGUAUGCGUCCUACAUUGACAGCUCACGUUCGCAAACCGCUUCACAGCUCACAUUCAACGCCGGCUCGAUUCAAGACGCUGCUCUUUUGAAGGUUCCCCUUGUACAUGCUGGUUGCCUGUGAGAUUUCACGCCGCUGACCGUUGAGAUCACAGUCGUCCAUGACGUCAGCAUAGGCCAAGGAUCGGACAGCGAUAUCAAAUAUGGCAUAUCAGACGGUACUAGAUUCGUUGGAUUUUUUACUGUGGACAAGUUAAAUUUUAACGAUCCGAGGGCUCCGUGCUACGGAGUAGAAGGUGUUUCGGGUGCAACUUUCACUGCUUCGAGCUAUGAGCCACUCUUACCAAAACCCAGCGAUUCUUUCUACCCCGGUCAGUACGUCAUCACUCUCAAGUUGGAUCAACGCUGGGGGUCGUGCUACACAGCGCAUGACGCAGGCUUCGUGAGGACCGCUGGCUAUAACAACCGACUGCUGUUCAGCAACGGACUCACACUCGAGGUGUACAAAGAUGACAAAGUCGAACGAGUUGGUAUCAAGUACAUAAAAGUCACCAUCGUGGAAGAUGCUUAUUAGAGCAGAAAAAAAUCAAAUCUGUACACAGAACCCACUGGCUCUUAUCAGCACAUCGAGCAGUUGCCUCAUACUUUUAAACCUAGAAACACGUUCGCAAUAGAAUUGGAAAAUAAAACCCUUGUAUACUUGAUUAGAAAUUGUAACUGAAUAAAACUCAG